AUGGAGUUUUCAACACAUAUCACUAGUUCACCGUGUUAUCCUCAAAGCAAUGACGAUGUAAGACGUGCAGUGCAAAGUGCAACAACGUUGACGAAGAAAGCGAAGGAAGCUGGAGAGGACUGUUAUUUUCCACUUCUGAAUCAACGUAAUAUACCGAGAGACGUUCUGUGAAGUCCAGCGCAACGACUUAUGUCAAGGCGUACUAAAGAUCACUAAAACAACGUACCUCAAUCAAUGGAGGCAAUAAUUAUUGAAGAACAGCUACAACAAUAUAAAAAAAAAACAACAAGCAAUAUACAACAAUCGCACAGCAAAGAGAUUGCAACCCUUAGAAAGUGGAGUUGUGGUCAGAGUGAUAAGUAAAGAUGGCUUCAGAAAGAAAGGUAUUAUUGUUCGUAAAGCUCAACAUCCACAAUCCUACGUAGUUGAGUAUGGCAAUCGGGACUACAGACGAAAUCACGGGCAGAUCAUUGAAGUAUAG